UUUUUUUUACGAGGACUGAGAAGCACACGCUACAAGUUUUUGGUUGAAAACUGAAGUGAAGCAUUUGACCAGAAGCGGAAAGCGUGGCUUUUUGUGACGGUAUUUUACUUUACUUUUCAAGUAAUUGUAAUCUGAUAAUUUGCAGUAUUGGUAAGUAGCAAAUGGCCCAUCAGUACUUGGACCAAACUUCUGCUAUUUUAAAAGACGAUAAGGGUUACUUCGUUCCAGCUACACAACGCUCAGACGGUACUUGGCGUAAGGAAAGGCGGCUUAAGGAGAACUAUAUUCCCCAGGACGAAGUAAAACUUUACGAAUCCAAAGGUAAAAAAUUCGCUUCCAAUAAACCUAAAUUACCUCCUGGCGCACCUGUUGAAAUGGUUGCGGUACCUAAACAACAGCGACAAACCAAACAAGUUCUCACUGAAAAACAACCCAAACAAGAGAAAAUUAAAAUCCCCGAGGUUCCAAAACAAAUGGAUAAGCCAGUUGAAAAGAAGCCUGAAGUAGAGACAGGAACUGACCCUGUUAAGCGGGUACGAAAUCUCAAGAAAAAGUUGAAAAAUAUUGAAGAGUUGGAAGUUAAAGUUGCCGAAGGACAUUCUAUCGAUAAUGACCAACGUAAAAAGAUUUCGACCAAAAAUGCGGUCAGCAAAGAGAUUGCUAGUCUUGAAGCAAUUUUGAAAAUUAUGUUUCCUUCGCCUCCUAAACCAACCAAGAAGGAAGGAAAGAAGGAUGCUAAAAAAGAUACGAAGAAAGACACAUCUAAAAAAGAAACAAAACAAGAGAACAAACCAAACAAGGUUAGUGAUAAAAAACCAACCCCAGUAUUGACAAAUGGUACCCAAGCCAAGAAGGUUGAAAAAAAAACAAUCCCUCCAGUACAGCAAAAUGGUGCAGCAGCAAUUAAAAAGACUGAAAAGGUCACCAAACCUGAAGUCAAAACAAAAGCUCAACCGAAGACUCAAGCACAACCUAAGACACAAUCUCAAUCUAAGACACAAGUCCAACCUAAAACGCAACCCAAAGGAAAGCCUGCUGCUCCCGUUAUUGAGAUUUCAGUUGAAGCAGCUAAAAGAAUUAGGAACCUCAAGAAAAAGUUGAAGACCAUUGACGAACUGGAACUUAAGGUUGCUCAAGGUGGUAAAAUUGAUAAUGAUCAACGUGUGAAGAUAUCCAAAAAGAGCGAAGUAUUGGCAGAAAUCCAAGCUCUUGAAAGUGGCAAGUAAAGAGCCUGAUUCUUUUGAGUAUUACAGAGGUUAACAAUUUAUUUUCUGUUGGUAUAUAUUAUAUAUAUAUCUGAUUAUAUUGAUUCU